GCAAGAUGUGUCCUAAUGGACAACACUGGAGUCCCGGCAAUUGUAGACCUUGCAGCUAUGCGCGAUGUGAUGGCAAAGUUAGGCUGUGAUCCAUACCAGAUCAAUCCAUUGAUUCCAGUGGAUGUUGUUAUUGACCAUGCGGUGCGAGUGGAUGUUGUGAGAUCGCACGAUGCAUUGGAUAAAAACAUGGAGCUGGAGUUUGACCGCAACAAAGAAAGGUUUGGUUUCCUUAAAUGGGCAUCCACUGCUUUUCACAAGAUGCAGGUUUUCCCUCCUGGUUCUGGUAUUGUGCACCAGGUAAAUCUUGAGUAUCUUGCCCGAGUUGUGUUCAACGCAGAUGGCAUCAUGUAUCCUGACAGCGUGGUUGGCACUGACUCACACACCACUAUGAUUAAUAGUCUUGGGGUUGCUGGUUGGGGAGUUGGUGGUAUUGAAGCAAUUGUUGCAAUGCUUGGGCAGCCAAUGGACAUGGUUUUACCUGGUGUUGUUGGGUUCAAGUUGUCUGGAAUGUUGCGGGAUGGUGUCACUGCUACUGACCUUGUUCUUACAAUCACUCAAAUGCUAAGGAAGCAUGGUGUUGUUGGCAAAUUUGUUGAAUUUUAUGGUGUGGGUGUGGGUGAGCUGUCUUUGCCCGCUAGGGCCACAAUUGCAAAUAUGUCUCCAGAAUAUGGAGCUAGCAUGGGCUUCUUCCCUGUGGACCAUGUUACGCUGGAUUAUCUCAAACUGACAGGCCGAAGCAACGAAACUGUGUCAAUGAUUGAAGCAUAUCUGCGAGCUAACAAUAUGUUUGUGGAGCACCAUGAGCCUCAUACAGAACGAGUUUAUUCUUCAUAUCUUGAGCUCAACCUUAUAGAUGUGGAGCCUUGCAUUUCAGGCCCAAAGAGGCCUCAUGACCGUGUCCCUUUGAAGGAAAUGAAAUCAGAUUGGCAUGCUUGCCUAGACAGCAGAGUUGGUUUCAAGGGUUUUGCAGUUCCAAGGGAGUGCCAGGAUAAAGUUGUGAAAUUUGACUUUCAAGGACAACCUGCUGAAAUCAAGCAUGGCAGUGUUGUUCUUGCAGCAAUAUGCAGUUCCACAAACACAUCAAAUCCUAGCGUUAUAGUUGGUGCUGGCCUUGUUGCAAAGAAAGCCUGUGAAUUGGGCCUUGAGGUGAAGCCAUGGGUAAAGACUAGCUUUACCCAUGGAUCUGCGGUUACCCGUGAAUACUUGAAACACAGUCACCUUCAAGAUUAUUUGAACCAGCAAGGGUUUCAUCUUGCUGCAUUUGGCUGUGCCACCUGCGUCGGCAACUCUGGUGACCUUGAUGAAUCUGUAUCAGCUGCCAUAACAGAAAAUGAUAUUGUCUCUGUUGCUGUGCUGUCGGCAAACCGUAACUUUGAGGGUCGCGUGCACCCUCUGACUCGGGCUAAUUACCUUGCCUCGCCACCUCUGGUUGUUGCCUAUGCCCUUGCUGGCACUGUUGACAUUGAUUUUGAGAAAGAACCCAUUGGACAUGGAAAGGAUGGCAAUGAAGUUUACUUGAGGGACAUAUGGCCCACAAACGAAGAAAUCGAACAGGUUGUGAAAUCCAGUGUGCUACCUCACAUGUUCACGCAAACGUACGAAUCCAUCAAGAGAUGCAACCGGAGGUGGAACGAGCUGAGAGUUCCAGGCGAGGCAGCUGCCCUCUACCCAUGGGACCCGAGCUCGACCUACAUCCGCAAGCCGCCCUACUUGGAGGGCAUGGCCAUGUCCCCGCCCAGCCGCCCACGCUCGGUGAGGGAUGCCUACUGCCUGCUCAACCUGGGGGACUCCGUCACCACGGACCACAUCUCCUACUCCGGGAGCAUCACGCCCGGCAGCGCCGCCGCUGAGUACCUACGCGCCGCCGGCGUCGCGGAUCGGGAGAGGCUCGGCUCCUACGGUGGCCGGCGUGGCAACGAUGAGGUGGUGGUGAGGGGCGCGUUUGCAAACGCGAGGAUUGUGAACAAGCUUAUGAAUGGGAAGGUUGGACCCAAGACUGUUCAUGUUCCCACCGGGGAGGAACUCUGUGUCUUUGAUGCAGCCAUAAAAUACAAAUCCGAGGGUCACAAUAUGGUAAUUGUUAUUGCUGGUGCUGAGUAUGGGAGUGGCAGUUCUCGUGACUCUGCUGCCAAGGGGCCAAUGCUCCUGAAGAAUCUAAGAGCAGCCUAA